GACUAUACACACCUUUAACGUUUCGAAGGGGAUAUUGUUCGAUUUGUUGAUCGUGGCUGUCAGAUGUCACCACACGCAGCUUGUAAGACCAGUGCCACCGCCCUUCGUACAUGUCGCGCCCUCGGUAGACCGACCCUGCGGCGCGAUCACGAACAACGAAAACGGAGUGAAACGCAACGCAGCGCGACGUAACGCAACGCAACAGAACAGAACGGAACAUAAUGUAACGUGAUAACUGUGCUCAUUCUUACUGCGCGUAUCGCGUAAAUCGUGUUUAAAAGAAAAUCCCGACAUCGGCCGUCUGUCUUCCAAGUCUUGCGCGCGCGCGUGUGUGUGUGUGUGUGUGUGUGUGUGUGUGUGUGACAUCUCUACACCUAUGUUUACGCGUGUUUGUGUCUAUACGUGAUGACUCCGAUUCGGGUUCGGAGUUCUAGUACGCGCUCGAUGGUCGAGAAUCGUCGCGCACACAUCGUCGCACCCACUUCGUCGGACGGCGCUGCUGCGAAAUCGGCAACCAGCAUCAUUCAUUAACGACGACACGAUCGUCGCGUUUCCUUCAGUCAUUGACGUCGUUGUCGCCGCCACCGCCGCCGCUGCCGCGAGAAGGGCACGGUAGCAGUUGACGGAAGCGACCGGCGGACGUAGCGGUGGUGUCUCAGUAAUCAAUGAACUCUGGUUGACGCGCGUUUCGAGGUGUGCUGGCAGGGAAGCGCACCAGUGACAACCCGGCGGACAUGAUGACAUAAUAUAGACACAUUGAUAAUCCAAUUUAAGAAAAAAAAAACGCAUUAAAUGAUUGCUCCAUAAAGCAGCUCCAUAAAUAAUCCAAGAUGAAUGACAUAGAAAGUUUUGGCAUGAAAGGGGUUGGCUCGAAAAUGCCUCACAGUCAUUCGACGCCAGCCGGUGUAGACGGAGGUAGUAGAACACCUCCUGCAACACCACGAAAAGCUGGAAAGAUGUUGGCGGUUCGUGUACAAAUGUUAGAUGACUCUAUUACAAUGUUUCAAGUGCAGGCCAAAGCAUUAGGUAGAGUGUUGUUUGAUCAAGUUUGUAAGCAAUUACAUCUUUUAGAAGCGGAUUACUUUGGUCUUGAAUAUCAAGAACCAAAUUUUACAAAAUAUUGGUUGGAUUUGGAGAAGCCAGUGUGCAGACAGGUUGGUUUGUCUCUUAUUGAUCCGCUAUUGAGGUUCUGUGUUAAAUUUUAUACACCGGAUCCUGCACAGCUUGAGGAAGAGUUUACAAGAUAUUUAUUCUGUCUACAAAUCAAACGGGAUUUAGCUCAAGGUUUACUGCAAUGCAAUGAUAACACAGCAGCAUUGAUGGCCAGUUAUAUCGUUCAGGCUGAAUGUGGGGAUUACGUGAUAGAAGACUAUCCAGAUCAUACAUAUUUAUCAACAUAUAAGUUUGUGCCUCAUCAGGAUCAGGAGUUAGAACGACGCAUUAUGGAAAAUCACAAGAAACAUGCGGGUCAAUCUCCUGCAGAGGCAGAUCUCAAUCUCUUAGAAACAGCUCGACGUUGCGAACUGUACGGGAUGAAAAUGCAUCCGGCUAAGGAUCAUGAAAAUGUUCCACUGAAUCUCGCAGUGGCGCAUAUGGGCAUUGUAGUUUUUCAAAAUUAUACUAAGAUAAAUACAUUUAGUUGGGCCAAAAUCAGAAAGAUCAGUUUUAAACGAAAACGUUUUUUAAUCAAAUUACAUCCUGAGGGUUAUGGAUAUUAUAAGGAUACGGUCGAAUUUUUUUUUGAAGGACGCAAUGAGUGUAAAAACUUUUGGAAAAAAUGUGUAGAAAACCAUGGUUUUUUUCGUUGCUCUAUAGUUAAGAGAGUCAUAAGACAGAAGACUAGAGUGCUUAGCCGUGGAUCAUCGUUCAGGUAUAGCGGCAAAACUCAAAAACAAAUUGUUGAAUUUGUUCGAGAUAAUUACGUGAAGAGGCAGACAUUUCAAAGGUCCAAUUCGUUCCGGCAGACUAGCGGUGGUAGGGCAUUGCAGGGCUCGGAGGGGGGAGGCUAUCGUGGGGCCACUCCAAGCAGCUCCCUUAUGGGCAGCUCCAGCAUCUCUGCCCACCCCCUCCUGCCCCUCGGCGAUCCUGCCCUGGCAACCCCAGCUCUGUCUCUGUCAUGCGGUUCGAUGACACUGGAUUCUCCGACGACUGUGACGAGUGUCUCGAUGGGAGGGACGAUUCACCGUCGAGAAGACACAGCUACAUCGUUUCGGACGCUCACCUCUAUCGACGUACAUUCUCCAGCCACCCCCAGCCAGGUCCCAGCACAGCGGCAGAUGCAUGCUACCAGUCAACAACGGAUUUCAUCAACAGGUCGUAUCAGCCCCUCUAACAGCAGUCCCCCCGAAUUCCCACCACCACGACCUUUGCCCAGGUACUCAUGGCAACGGUCGGCUAGUUGUCGCGAGUUGUACGCUUCUAGUUUUGAAGAUUCCAGUAAAGCGCGGCCGCAGGACAAGGUCACCGUGGACCUUCCCUUAGAUCCAUUUCAAUUAGCCUCCCAAGGUGAACUAGAUAACCCCAUAACACGUUACGACGAGAGUAAUCGUUCAUAUAGCGCCGCUAGUUCGAAAUUACCUUCCCUAGAUCAUGAUUCUGUCCCCGAACGUGUCUACAGCAGUUCCUACCCGGGAACGUCGUCGUUGUCUACCGAAUCGGGCCAUGAGGAAUCGGGUCCUGCUGGAGAUUUGUCGCAUGACGAUCUCUCACACGAUUCUUAUGAGCUUUUAGAACGCGAGCAUGAAUUUGAAUAUCCCGAAUCAUAUUCUAGUCCACACGACGAACACGAACCAAUAUCUGAUCAGAGCGACGAGGGAAUUGAGCACGAGAUGUUCCAAAUGGACUCUGAAACCGAUUCUUUUGUUAAGCAUAGAUCGCUAAAGUCUUCAUCAGAGAAACAACAAUAUAAAGCUACGUUUACUGAUCUCAAGAACUCUAAAACUAAGUCCACUGAUCGAUUCUCCGCUGUAUCUAAGUUAGACGGUGAUUUCAUGAUCGAAUCUAGGAUACAACGGUCAGGCACUCAAAUAGAACGCAAAUUUGAAACAAGACACGUCAAUUCUAUGGAACAACCGUCCAAAGCAGGUAUUCCACAUCAAGACUCCGCCAGAAAAGAUCCCAUGAUGAUGCAGGUGCAAAAGCAAAAAAUUUCUGUCUUGAAUGAAUUAAAGAACUUAAAGCCAAAGUAUAAAAUCACUCACGUAGACUCGGAAAUCUUGCGAGAUGAAGGUAUUAUGCGUCCGAAGUCGCGAAUAGACGACGAUCUAAGCCCGGUUGAAGGAAGUAGAAUGGCAAUAGACGGUACGAGAGGUAGAACGAUUAGAGCGCGCAGUAUUGCUAGUCUGGACGAUCAUUCGCCACGGUUAUAUGUUGAAACAGGUAGUUUAGGUCGAGGACAUAAAUCUAGGGAUAGGAAAUCGAGAGAUACUGACGUUAAAGUCGAGAAAGUCUUGUCAAAGGAGCGUAGAAGCGUGGAGAGGGAAGACCGAAAGCGGGACUACUCGAGAGAUUGCAGGCGAAUGGAUAAGAGCGAUUCGCGAGAACGGAGAUCGGACAGCAGUCGUCGUAGUAUAGAUCGGAUCGAUAUACGAGAGCUACGUAGAAGCAUUGAGCGACUUGACGUGCGCGAUAGGAAUUACGAGCAUUUAGACUCAAGGGAAAAGAGUGCCUUUUAUUAUACUGAUUUCUAUGAAUCGCGCGGUAAAAGCGUCGAUCGCUUAGAUUCUCAAGGAUUAUACAGCAGUAUGGAAUAUCUAAAAAGUCCCAAAGAGAGGACUCAUCGGUCUUCAAACACGCGAGAGCGUCGAGAGAGAAGUAUCGAACGGAUUGAUUCUAGAGAAACAAGAAAGAGCAGAGCUGCUUCUAUCGACUACGACCAAAGGCAUACCUUAGAACGUUUCGAGUCCGACAACAGAAGUCCACUUGAGCGGUUGACUCCGAAAGAACAUCGGAGAAUGAGCAUAGAGAGACUUGAUUCUCAAAAGUUUGAUUUUGAUCCGCGAGCGAUCGAACGUUUAAAAUCUUUAGAACGCUACGAACAAAGAGAAAGAAUUUAUGAAAGAAAGAUAGAAUCAAGAAGCGCCGAACGAAAGAGCCUGGAAAAAUUAGAUUCACGAAAGUAUUUGGGAUAUUUGGAGUCGCGGGAGGGUAGGAGUCUCGAGUGCCUGGACUUUGAUAGCGUGGAACGUAGAAAGAAUAUCGAGAGAAUGGAAUACAAAGAUCAAAAAAAGAGCAGAAGCAAGUUUGAGAAAGGCAAAUCGGAAGAAAAACCGCGUGAACGUGAUGAUUGGAGAAGUUUGGAAAAAGCGAGAAAGGACGACGAAAGACGAGAACGCGAACGGCAAGCGAAAUUAUCUCUUGAAUCACGUACAGAAACCGUUAUCGGCGUGCCGCACGAAAUGGAGAAUUUGAAGUCAAAAACUGUGUUUGCCGAGUAUGAGCCAAAAGUUGUUGGCGGCAUCGUAUUAGGUUUCGAGGAAACCUCAUUACCCGGACACGUGCCGGUUGAACGUACAAAGAGCGAUCCGAAUCCGGCACGACAAAGAUUAGGAUCCAAUAGUAAGCGGCACAUGUUAAUGCAUCAGAAAUCUAUUGACUUAACACCAGCUGAUUCUGGUGAUGAGGAACCGUUCUCGGACAGUGCGACGAUACAGAAAACCAAUAUCGAUAUCCCAUACAUGUUGCACAAGAGGCAUGUUAUGAACGGCACAGCGUCCGACGAAAAAUCUGAGUCAGAUAGCAGCAAAACUUCAAAAAAUGUUAAAAGUCUUGCUAAGGAUUUACCGAAAUUACCAUUAAAAAUGGUAACAGAUCUUCCGUACUUUGAUCUGACCAAACUCUCUUCGAUAGACAAAACCAGUACUAAACUAUCUCCGGAUAAAUCGAAGAAGGACACGGUUACUACUACAAGACCGAAAUCGAUAUUAAGCCCUUCUGAUAAACCGAGAAGUAUUCUAAGUCCAACAUCAAAACUCUCACCCACAGAUCCAAAAAGCAUUGUUUGCAGUUUAUCGCCUACCAAGAGGAGUCCUUCGAAAGUGAAGACUCAAUCUCCCGAGAAAUUCUCGCAAAAAGAUGACUCGUUAGAUAGAAGCAAAGCUGAAGUUAUUAUCGAAGAUUACACAUGCAAGAAAUCUUCUAGUUUGGACAAAAAGUCUUUCAAAUUAUCGCCAGUGGAACCGAAUGUCACUAUUAUUUCGGCCAUUGAAAAACGUUCGCCCAAAAAGUCGCCGACUGAUCCUAACGUGACUAUUGUCUCUGUGAUACAGAAGAAGAAAUCUCUCGACGGAACGCCUAGAAGUCCCACUAAUAUUGCAAAAAUGACAGAUACUAAAGUAAAAACCGCCCUGAAUUUUGCUGAUAUUGUUGGCAUGGAAAUGAAGCAAAAUCUGGAACGCAAAGCCAAAAUCGAGAAAGACAGUUUAAAAACACCGGACGAUAGUUUAGAAAAGCAAGAUAGUAUUGAAAAAAUACCAUUACCCGAAAUUCCUAGCAGUGGACAGGUUGAAGAGAAAAUGAUAGAUGAUCAAGUUAGAAACCUCGAACAAACGACAAUUAAAGAACGCGAUCGUUCCUUGAAACAAGUCGACGAAUUGUCUGGCGAUGAUCGAAAAGGGGAAAACGUACAGUCCGUAGUAGCUGAAGUUUACAUACCAGUUGCAAUCAAACCGGAAAAACCACCAAUUCCGGAGAAACCAAAGAUGUUAGAGAAGCCAAGUAUUCCUGAAAAAACGAAACGUAUUUUGGAAAGAAUAGAAUCAAAAUUUUCGGAAGUUAGUAAAAAUUCUGCUACAAAAAUAUCAAGGCCAAAAAUUAUCGAUACAGGAUUUGAUGAUUUCGUGGAUCCAGUAGCCGAUUUACCUUUGGACGAAGUGCCUGUAAAACCUACUCUAGAAUUGGAUAGUCUUAAAGUUCCUGAGUUUGUUCCUUUUAUGCUAAGACCGCAUGCGGAACCAAUAAGAUCGAAGUCUUUAUCACUGGCAGAAGAGAAAGCGCCAAUCGAUACCUUGCUGUCACCGGAAGUUGAGAAUAAACAUUUUGUGCAAGAUAUCUCUCCGAAGAGAAUGAAGAAGGUGAAGUCCGAGCUAAAAAAGGAUUUUAAAAAACAAUCAAAAUCUCUAGAGGGUGACAAACCGCCGCUGAAAAAGGGCGCAUCGAAAGAGUCACGUUCUCCAACAGCAACUACAAAAAUUGACAAGUCUAAAUUGAAGCUUGGUGAAAUGCCACAGGAGAUUAUAAUAAUAGAUUCAACUGAUGUGGCACCAGAAAUAAGCAUUGUACAAAAGGGUAGAUCAAAAUCCGUAACUAGAUUAUCUGACAAACCGUUUUCAACAUCGAAAGAGGAGAAAGAAGAGACAAAGAGUACUCGCACAAAAUCUGCGUCUGUGGACGAUGAACUGAUUAAGAGCGCAAUAAAAUCUGAGAAAUCCAGACCGAAGUCAUUAGGAAUAUCGAAAAGUUUGGGAAGUACCGAAAAGAAAGAUUCGGUAGAGAAAAUUUCGCCGAAGAGAAUUAAAGCUGUUGCUAAAGCCGACAGUAAACCUACUGUGGCGAAGGAUGUAGUGUCGAAACAGGACUCAAGAACGGUACGUGGAAAAGUGGGCUCGAAAGUGGAAGCGGCUAGCGAGGAAGCCACUGCUGAAUCGAAGCAAGAUUCUAAGUCGCGUGUUAAACCUGACGUGGUGAUUGAUCAGCCAAUGGAUAUUAAACGAGCCACUGUAGCUAAUGAGUCCAAGGAAGUAGUUAAAGAAUCAGGCAAGGAGCCAAUUAAGGAACCAACGAAAGACAGUAUAAAGAAAACAGCACUUGCUCAAGAUUUAUCUCAAUCUCCUUUAGUGUUACGUAAACCGGGACAAACGCCGAUACUAUUUGCUCGUCUUGGUCUUUCGGAAGGUAGCGGGAUUGGCGCACUUCAACGUCAAGGCGCGACACAAUCACCUACUGCUCAGCGGCGUGCGAAAUCUUUAGAUGCUGCGGUGAUCUCUGUGCACAGAUUACCGCCAGCAAACGCAUUUUCUAGCAAGGAUGACACGGUGGACGUAUCAGAAAAUCUGGAGAAUCAAGAAAAUGCUGCUGAAGAAGUUGUUCAAGGCACGAGCAUGGUAUCGAAGGUACUUUCGGUUCAGAUGGAGAUCUCUCCAAAUCAUAAAUCCGAUAGUACCGAUCACACAACCGUACCGGAUUCUCUGUCUGUUACUGAGACAUCGGCGCAGUAUCUAGAAUCACCGCUGACAGAAUGUAACGAAAUUGUCCCUUGCGCCGAUUCUAUAUUCUAUGAGGAACAAGACAGCAACCAAAUGCUAUUUGCAAAUUCUAUUAAUAGAAAUGAAACACAAACGCCGAGCAUCAUAGAGAGUACUAAAAUAGAAGAAGCAACUAAAUUCAUUGAUCAAAGUUCUACGGAAUCCGGUGCUGAGCAGAAAGUUUCUCAAGAAAGUUCUGAUGCCAAGAUUAGUAUGACAAAAGGUGCUCAAUCAGAUCGAGAUCAAUUGGCAAUCUCUACAGUCUUUGUAAAGAGCGUUAACACAGAGGUUGUUUAUAAUAAACAGAAACAAACUGCAUCAUCGAGCGAUGGAGAAACAAAUUCGAAAAUUGGUGAAACUGUACCAAAAUCUCCACCUAGCUUACAUGAUUAUUGUACCAAGCUUGAAGGUUCAAGAAGUCCGUCUGAAAGAGAUGAUGUGCCUGAUGUAACUAUAAGUGCGGUUCGAGAUGAUGACACGUUUUUUUUACAUUAUGAUCAAGAUGAUCCUCCAGAUAUGGUUAAGUCGCCGAUACAAAUAUCUAUUGAAGAGUGUUCUGACGAUGAGGUGGAAGAAGAGGAAGAGAUGGCCGAUGUACGGGUAGAAGAAAUUGACGAGCGGGAAGAAGAGGAAAACAAGCGAUUGGACUCCCUUGAUACAAGUGAAGAUACACUUAAUGCGCUAGAUACGCAAGCUCAAACGCAAGGCGCUGACAGUGGACUAAGUUCACCAGACUAUGGUAUCGAUAAGUUGGAUGAGAAGACGUUAGUUGAGGUCGAGUUAACGCCGGAAUAUCUCGAGAUGAAAAAAGGAGAUGAAGAAGCGACAGAAGAAUUACCAGAAGACGAACCGCCGAAAGAAACUACAGAGAUCGCAGAUUCCAAUCGUCUAACAAUCGAUAAAAAACUCAGACUAAGUACUGAACGCUCGAGAAGCGAAGAGACUAAUACUUGGACACCAGACAGAGAAGAUCCAGACUCCAGUUCGUGUUCUAUCGCCCGACCACUAGGAAUUGGUCAAAUACAACCCAUAAUAGAUCGUCGGGAGAUUGCUAUGGUCGAAGGAGCUCGAGAUAGCGGUUCCUUAGACGAUGAUAGCAACAGUUCGCAACCUCAUCCGAAGCACGAAAUGAGCGUCACUUGGAAGUCAUUUCCACAGGGAAGCUCCGGUAGUUCCAGUCUCGAGGACGGCUGGGUGCCUCAAGACGAAAAUAACGCGCAGCAAUCACAGUCUGAGGAUAGUAACGGUCAAAACGAGGACAGUUAUCAAGAGGAUUUAGCGGACUUUCCUGGUACUUUUAUUAUUGGUCCCGAAAUAUUAGCUAAUUAUGGCGCAUUUUCACUUUCACGUACGUUGUCGAGAAUAUCUGAACGAUCUACCACAUCGGAGCAAGAUAGAAGUGACUUGGAAGAUUCUUUUAAGCCCAGCUCAAGAUCGCCAAGCCUUGAUGAUGAGUCUUUGAUAUCAAGUGAUCAUCAGCCAUCUCUAUCAUCGGAUCCUCCGUCCGGUACGGCUUUACCAUCUGUUUCCGAUGACCGCAGGACAUCUUCUGAGCUACCAGACAUUCCCAUCGAUAUAGUUGGUGCACACGAGGAUGACUCGAAAUCACCGCGGACAAAUAGGCGACUACGAUUGCAAUUGCAAAGUUCCGAGGACUGGCCAUCGCCGCCUAGUUCACCUGUUUUUGAACCAUCGGUAGUGAGCCAUGUGGAAACAUUUUACAUGGAAAUCAAGCCUGAGGAAGCCGUCAAGGUGACUGUUACGGACAGUACGGAAACGCCUGUCCAUGCGGAACAAGAUAGCGACUCUAGCGAUGAAAAUAGAACGUUGCACGAUGAUUUACAUUCAACUCUUUUGGAGGAUGGUCAAAGUUCGACGUCUGCAACGGCCGACGGUACGGUCAAGAUUGCAGUAAAACCAAAAUCGAAUUCUUACAUAACUGGCUCGUCACAUAGCGAGGACACAUCGAUGGGCCUGUCCAUGUCUGAGUGGUCUAGCUCGAACAACACCGUACGCCAAUUUUGUCAAUAUUCCGGCACGAAGUCUGAUGAUAACUCACUGGCGGAACUUGGCGCCUCGAUCUCGGAUUGGUCCGGUAGCACGACGGUGAUACCACAGCAAUAUUAUGCCACAACGACCGCGGACAAAAGUCAGAGCGACACCACGACAUCCGAGAGAAGCGCGACUAGUAUGAGACCAAACUCGAAGUGUCAGUCCGCUGAUACUUCCUCUCUUCCAUCUCCACCGUCCCCGUCUUCAUUGCCGCUACCUAUAUCGCCACCACUGCCUUCUCCACCCGCAACGGCUACUACAUUUCCGUUUCUUAAUGAAGACGAAACCAUCGGUUCCGCGAUAGAACAGAAGACUUUACAGUCUGAAACGACUAUUGAUAACAACGAUCAAUGCCAAUCUCGAACGCAUGGUGACGAGUUUGACGAGGCGCGGCGAUUUAUUGAGAGUCAGUUUGACGAACAACAUCGCCAACGCCGAUAUGAUGAACAGCAAGCCAUUUGUCCUCAGGAAUUUACGGAUAUUUCGCCACCACUUAUUACUCUUCGAAACGAAUAUGAUGAAGCCAUUGACGAUGAUUUUCAAAUGGUUCCGGACGAGGAUACAAUUUGCGUUGACGACACAACGUUGCCAAUUCCUGAAGAGGAUGAAGAGGAUCAAUUGUACGAUAAUGUACCUGCAAUGAAGUAUUCCAGUAGCGAGAAAGUACGGAUGGAAGUUGGCCGUGGAGAUAGUUUGGAAGACAUGCACGAGAAGUACGCCAAUCUCACUUUACAAUCGAGAAUGGCGGACGAUGAUUGGUCAUCCGAGGAACGAAAAGACGUCCCGGAGCGGGAGAAAUCAUCAAUGAAAUUGACAGGCAGAUUCGAUCGUGGUUUCUCAGAGCCAAACCCACAUGAGGCAGGCAGGUAUCAGGGUACGCGGUCUACUGAGCGACCCGUAAUGGUGCCAAUCCGAGCGAAGUCGACCCCGUACUACUCUACGACAAGUUUGAGCGGCGAAUCGACUACGUCCAGUCCACCUAUGCCGAUCAGAACACAGAUCAGAACGAAAACAAUGCCUUACUCGUCGAACCGCAGUCCACAAAGCGAGGGUGAUACUUCCUCAAGUAUGGACAGCCCGGCGCAUACGCCUGAUCGGGCUCAACGGGCCUUCCGUCGGAAAAGACAACAGAACGCCAAAAGGCGACACCGAGUAGUAGUUGAUCUCGAGGUCAAGGAUGGUCACAUAGUAUCCAGUACUGAUUCUAGUUUUGACGUAGCAACCAUACCGCCGCCAUUGUUGACGGAGGGUCAGAAUCUGGACGUGGACGACGACGAAGAUGACGAGAUGUCCGAAACGAAAGACGAAUAUCGUCUGCAGCAACAGCGUUGACGCAACAUUGAUGAUCAAUGCUAAUAAAAACGAAGAAAGAAAAUUGAGUGCGAUUGAUCACGCUUACCCGGUAGCUCAAACUAAUAGGAUUUGUAAGAAAGUUCUCAAUCGUGUGGAAUUGAACGCACUUUAGAAUUGACAAAAUUCGUGAUCGUGCAUUGGCAUUUACGACUUACGUCUGUUGAGUAAAUGAAGAUCAAAUAGGAACAGAUCUUACGAACGAAUCAAUGAUUCAGCCUGGCCUUUUGCAAUUUUGAUUCAACGAUGACGAUUUGCCUGGCGAUCUCACGCUAGGUAGCAAUCAAGAAUUGAUUUAUACGGGUAUGAACGAUGACAAGGGCAUCAACGAUGAUAAAAACAGGAUAGACGUAAAACGAGGCAAAGACUUCCGUCGGUCCAGGCUGAAAAGCCUAAGACUGAAUGAUCAAAAGCUAUGCGAGGAUUGUAGCAUAAUUAUCGUUAGGGAUACAGAUAUCAUUUGUUACGCGUUUUAGAAACCCUGUUUACUUUAAUAUUAUCGUCAUUACAGAGCUCCUUUGGUCCCUAUUUCCCGUAGAGACGAGUAUAUUUAGAGAGUAACUUUUACGUAUGACGCACAUGAAAAGCAAAGUGUAUCUUAACUAAAUCGCAAUCAACAAGUCGCGUGCCUGCGCGCGACUUGGUGGAAAAUCAUAGCGCGCGACUUAGUGGAAAAUCAUAACGCGCGACACGUUAUAUCCUAAUAAUAAUAAUAAUAAUAAUAAUAAUAAUAAUAAGGCAUAGAGAUCGAAAGAGCGACAUAAGAUUUUCAAAGAUAAACGUAACGUAAAGAAAAGACGAACCGCGUUAUCGUAAAUCAUUUUUAAUUGACUCAAAUCUUUGUUUCAUUUCUUGUGCGAAUAUUGUAAUGUUUUUUUCUUCUAAGAAGAAAACAACGUGGUAUUGUUAUACAAUUAUAAUCUGCUCCCAUGGUACAUAAUCGUGCACCACGCUGUAACGAUGUUAAAAGAUUAAAUCAGCACUAAAUCACGUCGCAAAUGUACACCGUUUUAUUUGAUUGCGUGAACUUGAAUUCAUGUAGGACAAUCAAUCGUGAGUGGUGGUUGCUCGAGGUGGGCAGGAUCCCUCGAGGGAAACGAGGAAAACAAAACACGGAAUUUUAUGUAAGAUUGUCCGGAGCGAUUGUUUCCACUUCGUAUUGAAUUCUGAACAAUAACAACGACAACGCGAUCCUAUGAUUUCGCAGUUUGCUUCGCUCACGUGCGUUAGAAUGAGAAAAAGGAAAAAUUGCUCAACGUAGAUACGUAAACGUGGUGCAUCGCACUCCCUCGCACUUUUAAUGGCGCCGUAUAGGGUAAACGUGCACCUUUGGUAUAUCCGCGUAUAGAAUUACCCUCAACAAGUGAGAGGAACACCUGUUACUCGUUAAUAGACGUUGGCGAUGGACCAACUGAGUAGUAGUUGCUAAGUUCUCUAUUUUAGAUAGGAACCCAAUCGUCUCGUCUAAUCAUUAAUCCGUGAGCUUUAUGUUCAUUUUCAUCAAUGUAGAUUAACUUUGAUAUCGAUAUAACUUACUAUUUUUCUUUUCUUAGUUCUAAAAAUUAGAAAAAGAUAAAGAAUAAGUUAAACCAAAUUAAUCUUUAUUGGUGGAAAUAAACAUUCAUUUAGCGACAAAUAUCCAUAAGAUCAGGUCGGAAAA